GGACAACUAUCAAGUUAAUAUUUUUUAACUAAAUCGAAAAUAUUCACGUGUUUUAUAGAGAGCAUCGGAGGCUUUAGGAAUUUCACGCACGACUGUGCAAAGAAUCAGUUCUAGAGGAAUCGUGAAAGAUGAAGAACAAAAAGCAGCAACAAGUCACAGAAUUGCUUUGUCCCGUGGAAUUCCUGCUUAUAAGAUACAUGAACAUACAAUUAGAACACGUAUUUAUUCAAUGUAUGCUGCAGGUAGGCUACAAUAAAUUUAUUAUUGUUUAAUAUUAUAUGUAUCUAAUUUUUCACUGUAUGGGAUUAUAUAGGGGAACAUAUUACAUUACAAACUUUGCAAGCAAACCUUCAAAACAUUGAUGAUGUUCAGUUGUCUCUGACUAUGUUGGGGAAAGGACUUAAAUAUUUGCAGUUUAGAUGGCAAAGUUGCAAGCAUUCUAACAGGAAGUAUUUAAUGGAGCAGCCAUAUAUUGCACAGAAGAGACUGCAAUUUUUACGACAAUAUAAAGAAAAUCAAAUCUCUGAUUGUUCUUUCAGACCAGUAUUUCUUGAUGAAACCUGGAUUUACAGUAAGGGUGGAUUUAGAAAGAGCUGGCAAGAUGGCAGUCUACAAACAGUUCGUAAAACAUCUGGAGAAGGAGUAAGGUACAUGUUUUUUACAUAUUCAUUGGUUCACUUAUAGGUCAGUUAGAAGGGAACAAAUAGAGAUACAAACAAUAAUAUAUGAUAACUGUUAAGUUGUUUCUAGUAAGUAACAUAUGAGCCAUGCACUGCACAACUCAGUUAACUCCACUUUUAAAAAUUUUUAAAUUUAAGUGUAAAACCAAUUGUAAUAUUCAAACAGUUUUCCAAAAAAUAGACAAAUAGACAAAUAAUAACCUCUGAUGUUUGGAAAAUGUUAAGUUAUUAAUAUACCAACUGGAUUUACACUUAAAUUUAAAAUUUUUCAAAAUGUAUUGUUCAUCACUUAGACAAGGAAAGGGGGGGACGGGCAUUACCAGUAGAAAUUUUGUGAUGGAAAAUCGCUAGGCUCCAUGCCAAGGCCGUUUGUGAAAAGUGAUUCCUAGUUCUUUCUCUCAUUACAGAUCUUAGAAUUGUAAGCACAACAAAACACCAUACUUAAAUAAUAAUUAUUUCAAGUCUUUAAAAAGCUUUUUACAGCACAAAAUACAAAAAAACACACAAUUUUUAGGAGCCAAUCACAAAAUUUGAUAUUGGCCGUAGAUGUCGAUUACGCGUCCCCUCUCUUUGCUUGUCUAAGGUGCAUGAGCAGUAAACAGCUGAUAUAACGAUAAUGUUUCUAACCUAAAGAGUGAAUGCAAAGAAAAACAUAAAACGUUACAUCUGCAUAGCAACAAGUGUGCACCAAUAAAUGCAUGGGAUUAUAUAGAUUACAUUGUAGUUUAACUGUAAAGAAAUGUACCUUGUACUUCAUUUUUGGAUGAACCAUCUCUGAUUAUAAUGGAUAAUGCUCCAUACCACAGUACCCUUUUCGAGAGAACUCCAAAUCAGAGUUGGAGUAAGGAAUCCCUGAUUAAUUUCUUGCAAGAAAAGGGAAUCCAAUCACCACCUCUGGCAAUGAAAGAUCAGGUUUGGAAUAUUGUCAAGCAGAAUGUUGCACCUAAGAAAUACAAACUGGACGAAUUAGCCAAUGAGAAAGGACAUCGUGUGUUGAGACUUCCUCCAUAUCAUUGUCAGUACAAUCCCAUCGAAAUGGUAUGGUCAGAAUGCAAGCGCUACUAUGAUGCCAAGAUUAGUGCCAUUCAUCCUGUUACAAGUGAUGCAGUAUUAGGUCUUUGGAAAGAAGCACUUGAGAAGGUUACACCAGAGAAAUGGAAGAAUUAUAUCAGACAUACCAAUAGCAUAAUCGAUAAAGCCUGGGCCCAAGAACAACUGAUUGAUGCCUCCGAUAUUCUACCUGUAAUUAUCGACACGAAUGAUUCCGAUUCAGAUGAGGACAAUUAUUUAACUGAGGGAGAAGAAAGUGUGUAGUGUUUAGUGUCUAGUAUUAUUUUUCAUACAUAUUGUUUUAUGUUGUACAGUGUGAGUCAGUGACAGAGUAAAGAGUAAAUUUAAUUAGUAAAUUAAUUUUAAAUAUAGAGGGGACUCCAAAAAGUGAGGCAGAUAUAUAUUAUAAAUAAUGUUAUAUACCUAGAACUAAUAGUUUUCUUAAUAUUUAUUUAAAAAAAUGUGUUAUGCCAGCACCGACAUGGUAGUGGCAUUGUGUAAAAACUUUUCUAUGCUAAUCACUGGUAUGAAAGUAUUUACAUAUUGCCACUACCAUGCCAGUGCUGGCAUACCAGUUAAAUUGGCGAUAGCUACAGUAUAUAAUAAAUCAACAAUCAAUCUUUAUAUACAAAGGUUAUAGAAUUUUGGGCAGAAUCUAAAUAUAAAAUAAAAAAUUAUUGUAUUGGGUGUUACAUUAAAAAAAUAUUAUAUCUGCCACACUUUUUGGAGUCCCCUCUUAUUUAAAAUUAAUUUUAAAUUGUGUACCUGAUAGCACAGGAUCAGGUUGCAGGAUUAUUAAGCUCAUAAUGUAAUUAAAAUAUAAUUUUUAUAUAUAUUUGUGAAUAGGGUAAUACACUUUUAACGGGAUGCCAAUCAAAAAGUGGCCACAAAUAGGGGUUGCCACAGUUCGAAGUCGUUCCUACUACUUUAUCCGGGUCCGGCAACAGUGAGUCAGGCAUCUGUUGCUCCUAUAAUAAAAAAAAUUGUAUGAAUGCAAACUGAAAGUAUGUAUUAGGAAGUAUUUCAUGAAAAUAUUUUAACUUCUACAGGGUGGGUCAAAAAAGUAAGCGAAUCGGAAUGAUUUUUUUA